AUGCACGCCUUUGCCUCUCAAUGGAAGCUCGUCGAUACUUACGAGGCUAGAGCUACAAAAUCGGACAGCACUCCGCUACUGGUCUACACGUGUUGUCGGGAUUACUUCGCUAUUGAUCUUUUGACUCAGCUUAGGAUAGCUUCUUGGGUUCUUCUGUCUCUUCUUUGUUACUCAACUCCCUGUCGAAUCUUGGCCUCUCGCUCACUCGCGGCUGGCAUUCUGUAUAUUCUUGGGAAGAACUAUGAAGUUUUUCCUGCGUGCGAUUUAGCAAGAAUUUGGCCAUGUUUGAAAAUGAUGAUUACAUGGGAGAGUUCUAUGCUACCGAUAAGAAUUGUUAGGGAAGAGUAUUUGACAAAGGAAGAAAAGUUGAUUAGACUGGGAGAUCCUCCAGACUUCAUUGGGUCGGUUUUGGCUCUUGAUUGCAAUACAGGUGAAAAUAACAGGGUCAAUAACUUGAAUGCUGAAGCAGAUGCCGCUGGAGAUGAUGAAGAUGAUGUGGGUGUGGUUACAUUUCCAUGGUUUCCUCUGUACGGGCAAUUGGGGUAUUUCGCUCUUCCACGUAGAGAUCUGCAGAUUUCUUCUUCUAACCUUUCUCUAGUUCUCUCUUUCUUCCCUUGGGAAUUUCAGCAGGUUCUGAGUACUGGAUGGGGAGGGCAAUGCUAUGGAAAGGGCAAUCGAUACACAAAGCCACACAAGCAAUUGAUGGAUAAUAGGUUCCAGCAACAUGGCCAGCUGUUGUUGAAAGACCAAUAUUAUCUUGUCGAUUCUGGAUACCCUUGCAUUGCCGGAUAUUUACCGCCUUUUAGAGGGGGUCGAUAUCAUAUAAGUGAGUACCAUGGUCGAGGUAGAGGACCACGUACACGCAAAGAGUUGUUCAACUAUCGGCACUCGUCAAUGAGGAUGGUGAUUGAAAGAUGUUUUGGAGUUUUAAAGGCACGCUUCCCAAUAUUGAAAUUGAUGCCCCCCUACCCGCCAACUCGACAAAGACUUAUAGUAGUUGCUUGCUGUGCAAUUCAUAAUUUCCUUCGUCAACGAACACAACAAGAUCAUUUGUUUAAUACAUGGGAAAAUAUGGAUCCUUCAUAUAUGCAACCGUCAACUUCAACAGGGGCAAGAUCAAGCGGUGCAAGCUCGAGCAACAAUAUUGCGAAUGAUCAAGGAGCUGCUAUCAUGUCCCAAUAUCGUGAACACAUAUCUAAUAUGAUGUGGAUCGAUCAUUGUAAUACAUCAAAUGAUGAAUAAAGCAAUGUAAUCUAUAGUCAAUUUUAUUUUUUAAAUGAGUAUAGUAUAUAUUAGUA